AUGCGGAAACCAGGCCCUCAAAAAGCCAUAGACUGGAAAGAUGGUAAAAAGCACAAGUAUGGCCGCACGUCAGAGUCUCCUUCCCAGUACCAAGGUCACUUCACCUGGGAGAAAUACCUGAAAGAGACAUGCGCCAUCCCAGCUCCUGCCCAUUGCUUCAAGCAGUCAUACACUCCGCCUGCAAAUGAAUUCAAGAUCAGUAUGAAACUAGAAGCCCAGGACCCCAGGAACACCACCUCCACUUGCAUUGCCACGGUUGUGGGCCUGACAGGCGCACGCCUCCGCCUGCGCCUUGAUGGCAGCGAUAACAAGAAUGACUUCUGGCGGCUGGUGGACUCUGCUGAAAUCCAGCCCAUAGGAAACUGUGAGAAGAAUGGAGGGAUGCUGCAGCCUCCACUGGGCUUUCGGCUGAAUGCCUCCUCUUGGCCCAUGUUCCUUUUGAAGACUCUGAAUGGAGCAGAGAUGGCUCCUGUCCGGAUUUUUCACAAGGAACCACCUUCUCCAUCCCAAAACUUCUUCAAGACAGGUAUGAAGCUGGAGGCAGUGGACAGGAAGAACCCUCACUUCAUCUGCCCGGCCACCAUUGGGGAGGUGAGAGGUUCUGAGGUCCUCAUAACAUUUGAUGGCUGGAGAGGUGCCUUCGAUUACUGGUGCCGAUAUGAUUCCCGGGACAUCUUUCCCGUAGGCUGGUGCUCGCUGACUGGAGAUAAUCUGCAGCCCCCUGGAACAAAAG